AUGACAGAGGCAUGCUCUGUCACAACUCAUCCCCGUUCACAUAUACCUGGUGCAUAUGAACUCGGAUGCAAAUUCAAGAGAGCGCAAUGUCAAGUAUACGUAAAUUUGACUGGUGAGCAGAAAGACAAAAACGUGAAAUGUUGUGACACAACCCUCUGUAAUCCUAGUCCAUACAACAGAAAAAUCAAUAAAACCGUAAUAGAGCAUGAUUUCAAAUGUCCAGAAGGAAUAAUACGACCAACAACAAAACCUCCAUUGCCACCGCCUUCUACAAGAUCAUGUUGUGUUCAAGCUGUUCCUGCUCCAACAACAAUGACAACAACGACACUACAGGCUACCACCAAAACGUCCAACCCCAUACCGACAACUAAUACUAUGCGCUCUAUUUGCCCAUCUCACUUGACACAACGAGUACCGACACAGUAUAUUCACGUGUAUGGAGACAAAUGUUAUGAGUUCGUUCCAUACGCCGGUAGCUGGAUGAACAGACUGUCAUAG